AUGUGGGUCACUGUGGGAAAGGAACAAGGAUACACACUUGGCUAUUCCCAAGCCAAACUCCUCACUGUGCCCAUCUUCACCCUUCUCACGACCGAUCACAUGCUCACGCUUUUCGUCCUGUCCGAAGCUCCUUCCUCCUCAUCUGGCAGACCCCUGCUGCCUCACCUCUUCAGACCCUUUCUGAAAUCAAAAUGCCGAGUCUUUUUUGGAUGCCCCCCAGGGGUCCCCGGGCCGGGCCCUCCCCGGCUCCGGCGGCCCCCGGCGCCUUCCCUCCGGGCCUGGCGGAGCUGCUGUUCCCCCGGCCCGGCCGCCAGGACCGGCCCCCCGCGCCCCCCCCGGACGGGCCGCCCGGCGCGCUGGACGGCGUGCUGGACGCCCUGCUGGACGCCCCCGCCGCCUGGGGGCUGCCGGGGCCCGAGGUGGGCGGCCGCCGGGACGGGGCGGCGGGGGGGCGUCCAGAAAGCAGCUCCCGGGGAGGCGCCCUCCCCGCCGGCCGCCGCCCUGCUGGACCUGGUGCCCCUGCUGCCCCUCGAGCCGGCGCUGCUGGCCGCCAGGACCCGCCGCCUGCUGCAGGGGGGCGAGGAGGCCGAGGGGGGCCCCCUCGGACCCCCGGACCCCAAGGACCGGCCCUGCCUCCCCCUGGAACACUUCCCGCCCCCCGCCCUGAAGAUCAAGGAGGAGGAGGAGGAGGAGGCUGGGGAGGCCGCCGCCACUUCCACUGCCACCGGUCCCUGCCCCUCCUUGCCGCCCCGGCCUCCCCUCCUCCCGGCAGGCUGCCCGGAUUACCUGCCGCCGCCCCCCGCCUCUCCCGGGGCCGCCCCCUCCUCCUCCUCCAGCCUGGAGGGCGUCCUGUCCAAGGCGGAGGCCCCCCCGGGCCCCUUCGGACCCCCCCUCUGCCUCCUCCCCCGGGACGGCCUCCCCUCCACCUCGGCCUCCGCCUCCCCGGGCCUCUACGGGCUCCCGCCGCUGGCCUACCAGCCCCAGGUCUACCAGCCUUAUCUCAACUACUUGAGGCCAGAUACUGAAGCCAGUCAGAGUCCACAAUAUAGUUUCGAAUCAUUACCUCAGAAGAUUUGUUUGAUCUGUGGUGAUGAGGCUUCUGGUUGUCACUAUGGGGUACUUACCUGUGGAAGUUGCAAGGUCUUCUUUAAGAGGGCGAUGGAAGGUCAACAUAACUAUUUAUGUGCUGGAAGAAAUGACUGUAUAGUUGAUAAAAUUAGAAGAAAAAACUGCCCAGCAUGUCGACUAAGAAAGUGCUGCCAGGCAGGCAUGGUCCUUGGAGGUCGGAAGUUUAAAAAAUUCAAUAAAGUCCGAGUUGUGAGAGCGAUAGAUGCUGUGGCUCUCCCUCAACCAAUGGGCCUACAAAAUGAAAGCCAAGGUCUAGCACAAAGACUCUCCUUUUCGCCAUGUCAAGAAAUGCAGUUUGUUCCCCAACUCAUCAACCUGUUAAUGAGCAUUGAGCCGGAGGUCAUCUACGCAGGAUACGAUAACACGAAACCUGAAACACCAAGCACUUUGCUGACCAGUCUAAAUCAGCUAGGCGAGAGGCAACUUCUUUCUGUGGUCAAAUGGUCCAAAUCAUUGCCAGGGUUCCGUAACUUACAUAUUGAUGAUCAGAUAACCCUUAUCCAGUAUUCAUGGAUGAGUCUAAUGGUGUUCGGAUUGGGAUGGAGAUCUUAUAAACAUGUCAGUGGCCAGAUGCUGUAUUUUGCACCGGACCUGAUCCUAAAUGAACAGCGAAUGAAAGAAUCGUCGUUCUACUCAAUAUGCUUAACCAUGUGGCAGAUCCCACAGGAGUUUGUCAAACUUCAAGUUACCCAAGAAGAAUUUCUCUGCAUGAAGGCAUUGCUACUGCUUAAUACAAUUCCUUUGGAAGGGUUGAGAAGUCAGGCCCAGUUUGAAGAGAUGAGAGCCAGCUAUAUUAGAGAACUCGUUAAGUCAAUUGGCUUGAGGCAAAAAGGAGUUGUCUCCAGCUCACAGCGUUUCUAUCAGCUCACAAAACUUCUGGACUCCUUGCAUGAUCUCGUGAAGCAACUUCAUCUGUACUGCCUAAACACCUUCAUCCAAUCCCGGGCCCUCUGCGUUGAGUUCCCAGAGAUGAUGACAGAAGUAAUUGCUGCCCAAUUACCCAAGAUUCUAGCAGGGAUGGUGAAGCCUCUUCUCUUUCACAAAAAGUGAAUGCUAUUUCUUUCUUUCUUCUUUUAAGAAAUUAAAUUCUGUGAAAUUGUUUUCCAGUUUUGCUUUGGCCGGCGAUUUUGAUGUCUCCAGAUUUUAAAAUAUUCUGCCCGAUGCCUUAUAUCUGUAACGUGGAGUAAAGUUCAUGGUCAGAUCUGAAAAUUCCAAUUCAAAAGUUUAACUACCAUCUUUCAUAAGAAUUGCAAUGAAUCCCUAAAAAUAAAAUCCAUAGGAAGUCACAGUAUGAGUACUAGUCUAAAAAUUGAAUUUAAAUCAAUUUCACUCAUCUUUUAUAUGAGCAAUUAGCUAUAACAUUUUAUCUUAAGCAAAUGGACAAAAAUAAAUUUACAAUAAGUAAAGAGAAAUGAACAGGAAAUUAAAUGUUCAUUGCAGUAUUGCUUCUUUUCAUCUCCCCCUUCCUCAUAUCAAACCCAUCUCACUAAAACAGCACAUGCAAAAGGGUUGUCUUUAACCAGGACCAAGUUCUCUAUAACUGUUUGUUGUUAUAUGUAUAGGUUUAGCAAACAGAAGCAGAAAUUGUACCAUGCUAUUAUGUCAGAUGCAAAUUUAACCUUCAGAGAAGCUAACCCUUCCUGUUGGGGAAGGGAUUUAUCCUAUUUGGUCAAGUCUUAGAGAGGAUCAAGAAACCAAGACACAGUCUUGAAAGUAGAGACAUCAGUGCAAAGGUUAAAUCCAUUAAUGCAUCAAAGGCCUCUCCUAGGAAGUCUCGACAGUGUGGCACAGUGUGUUGCUUAUACACUGGUCUUUUUAGCCUAACGCACACAUGGCUUGGACAGUGCUCUUAUUAACAUCACAGCUAUAAUGUACACUUCUAAAAUAAGUCACCAGACUUCCUUUUAAAGACAUGGAACAUAGAUAUGUAGCACUCAUUUCCCAUAAGGUCUAUAUGGAUUUAAAACAUGGUUAAGGAAUUCAAACCAAUUUUAGCCCUAUAAACACUUGGUAAUCCACGUAGGCAUACUUCUUAAAGGUGAUCUCUUUCUAUCAGCCUUUCUUUUGUGAAAGGAUAGAAUUGCAAUUGAUUAUAAACUUGUGCUAUCCUAAUAUGGUAACAGGAUACGUGAAAAUCAAUGAAGAAAAUAGUACAAGAGCAAGAAGCACUCUGUUUUCAUAGCAUUUCCCUUUGAUAGAAGAACACUUACAUUUUUUGCCACAUAACAGUAACGUUAAAAGACCUAUUUUAACUGAAAUAAAACUGACCAUAAAACUAGGUUAAGUAGCCUUACUGGAGCAAAGAAAUUGUACAGUUUAGGAAACUGAAGCAACUGUCAUACUUCCUUUGAAAUGGCAGUGAAUUACCUUAGACAUUAAUUCAGUCAAAGGAAAUCUCAUAGCGUACAAAAAUUAUAAUGAAACCUCCAUUGUCAAAUCCAUCAUCACCUCUUCAAGUUAAAUCCCAACAUUUAAAAAAAUAUAUAUAACAAGAUUUUACUGCAUGGUUUCAGGAAACAAUUUCCUCAAGUUGGCACCAAUGGGUGUGAGUGCUAUGGCUUAUUUGGUAAAUGGGUGUGGUCUAUAAAUAAUGAUGUCAUUAUUUUUGAAGCCAUUUGUAGUCCCAGAAAUAAUUUCAUAUCAAUAUGAAUAAUUUCAGAAUAUAUUGAUUUCCUUGACCCAGAAAGUCAAAAAGAUCUGGACCCAAAUCUACAAAACUUGAAAGUGGUACUGAAAAGUUUCUACUGUAGCCUCAGUUUAAAACUUUUACUUUUGAACUUUGUUGUAAGUAACUGUAGAUGAGAGUGGAUUUGAGGGUAAGAAACCUGAAAUAAUGAAACUGGCAAUUCUAGGCUUAAAAUGUUUUUGUUUUGUUUUUUGGUGUUUUUUUUUUACUAUCCUGAUUCACUAAAGUACUGUGAACUUUCUCCAACUUUGCAGCUGCUAUAGUAAUUUUCUAUAUCUUCACCUUUUGGCUGAUGUAUCACCUUUCAAGUGGUUGCAAAAUAAGAUCACAUUUUGGGAAUUCAAAGAACUUCUUGACUUUCAGGUGGGUUAUUAAGGGAAGUAGGGUAGAAGAGAGGCCCAACUGUCUGGAAUGGUUUCUAGGCUGUUGUUUCUAGAAUGAGUAAUAGAAAUUGGAUAGCUCUUUAAGAUCUUUUCCAGCCCUGUUAUUCUGUGAGUUAAAGUUUUACAAUUCUAAUGUAAUAGUCUCCUUCCCAGUUAAUUCCUUACACACGGUAACAUUUUAUGGGUGUUUCUCUAUUGGGAUCAAUGACUCAUUUUUGGUGGAAUAUGUCUUAAUUAAUGUCAUGAUUAAAUUCUUUCAUCCAUCUGUUAUAAAUUGCUACAGAUGUUCUUGCAAGUGUAUGACUACAUUGCCCCCCACUAACAAAAUACAUCCUUGAAAUGGCAAUAAGGAAUCAAUGUGUAAUUUCUAAAUAGCCUCAGCUUGAACAAUACAUUAUUUUAAUGAAACCUU